AUGUCCUUGUGUGAGCAAUGCAGCGUUCUGGAAGCGAACGAAACCCCACGCUGGAAUGAGUUCGCAGGGAUGUGUUUGCUUUGGCCCAGUGUAGCGUUUGUGACUUUGACGUUUCUCUUUACAUGCCUGACACCGGUCUACCAGAACUUCUGUGAGAAAAGCGCCAGCUUCCGCAUCUUCCUGCAGCGUUUUGUGGGGAUGCCGGACAAGCGGAAGGUGACAUCUCCAAAGCCGCAAAUCUUCAUCCAGCUGCUUCGUGUGAUUGCAGCGCUCGCGCAGUGCUGGAUCUUUGCGCGAAAGACCUACACCAAGGGAAACUGGAAUUCUGGCUACAUAGCUGACUGGGAGCUUGCCAUCAGCUGCUUCUUUGUUUUCACACAUCUCAUGGAGCGCUUGAGCGAGGGCUUCCAAUUUCGCUUCUGGAACCCCAAGGCCUUGGUGGACAUUUUCGUCAUCAUUCCUGUGUUUCUACCCUUCAGCCUGGACUUGCACCGGGUGCCCGUUGAGAGGCAGUGGCUUUGUCUCAGCUACUUUCGCAUCAUUACUGCUCUGGGUGGCUUCAGGAAUUUGCAGCAGUUGCUUCGAAGCCGCGCGCGGGAGGACACCGUGCUGGGCCGAUGUAUCCUGACGGUGCUGCGCUUGACAGCGAUGAUCGUUUGCAUGGCGGGGACGAUGUUCGCCCUGGAGGUGGUCGGGGAGAUUCCCGGCUUGGAGGAUUCCUUCAUCACUGUGCAGAUGGGCGAUUUGUCGAUCGUUCAGAUGAUCUACUGGAUCACGACCACAGUCUCCACCGUGGGCUAUGGCGACUUUUCUCCCACCACCUUGCCAGCGAGGAUCACAAUCAUCUUCUUCAUCUUCGGGGGUGUCAUAUUUUUCGGUUCAGAGACCGCAGAGAUUGUCGACCUCUUCAACGACACCGAGGAGGGCCGAGGAUGUUAUGUGAACAGAUGGAAUUGGCUCUUCGGUUUCUUUUCAGGGCGACGCGUGAUGCGGAGUCACAUCCUGAUCACUGGCAAUGGAUGCAACAUGUCAUCGCCUUUGAUGGAGACUUUGCUGCUGGAAACUUUGAUGGAUGACUGGAACUCCGAUGGCCCAGAUCUAGUCUUCUUGAGUGACAAGGAAUACGACUUUGACUUGAAAGCCUUUGUGGAAACUGAAUUGGGGCCAGGACAAUCCUCGAGGGUCUUCUUCUUGCGCGGGUCUGUGUUGAAUGCACGUGACUUGGAACGUGCGCAAGUGCAAACCUCACGGCUUUGUUUUGUCAUUCCAGACUACACUGCGGAGGACGAAGUUGAGGAAGACUCUGCCAACCUGAUGAUGUCGCUGUCGAUGCUGCGGCACUCUCCAAAGUUGCGCCUGCGGCUCAUGCUGUUGCAGCCUGAGGGUGCCCGGCGAGCCAACCGCAUGGGCAUUCCCCGCGAGCGGUGCUUCUCUGCUGAGGAGGUGAAGUGCGCCCUCUUUGCGGAAAGCACGCGGAUUCGAGGUCUCAUCACCCUCCUGAGCGGGCUGUUGCAAGCGCACACCAAUUUCGCCGAUCAGCAUUUGAAGUAUUUGAAUGCGGCCUUCCCGGAGCACUGGCGAAUCUCAUAUGCAGAGAGCUUGAGGUGGAACUUGGGUGGGUUUAUCCUGAAGGACUGCUUUAGUGGACGCUCCUUCCCAGCAGUUCUGGAAGAGAUCUAUCGUGAGUCCAACGGCACUGUGAUGCUGCUCGCAGCGGUCAUUGGUGGAAGGCUGGUGCUGAACUGCAGUGAUGUGGUCUCAAAAAACCAAGUGGUGGUUGCCAUGGCCACAAGUCUCAAGGCCAUGUAUCGCUUUGGUGCCGAUUCAGGAACCUUUGAGAAGGACUGGGCCUCUGUUUUUCUGCGCGAGCGAUCAAGGCGCUUGGAAAGAGAGGCUCAACAGACCUUGCAGGUGCUGAAGGAGCAGGAUAGCCUUGAUCUGUUGCAGCUGGGCCGGCGGCGCAAACACCUGACGGAUGGCGGAGCCGUCCAUGCAAGAAGUAUCUUCGAGGUCACUGGGGCAGAAGCCUUUAAGCUCUUGGACAAGAACAAUGACGGGCGUUUGGACAAGGAGGAAUUUGAAGAGGCCUUGCAGGAGCAGUUGGCGAGCAACUCUGAUAGCCCAGACAUUGAGGAGUUAAGGGAGAGGCCAGAUCUCACUCUCCUGCUGGUCCGCGUUUGGGAGGGCGUGUGGUCGGAGGUGAUAUGCUUCCUCAAGUACUUCAUGAAGGGCCAUCAGCUCCAUGUCGGUGGUGGAGUUGGGCUUUCGCAUCCUCCCAUCGUGGUGCUGAGCACCUCGGAAGCCCCGCGGGACCUCAUCGAGCAAUGGGAGUCCAAGACCUGUUGCUUUGUGAAGGGUGACGUCUUGAACACUCGGAACUUGACCGGUGCUGGAAUCAGGAAUGCGGCCAGCAUCAUCUCCAUCGGUCGAAAGGUCUUGCCCAAAGACAGCAGCAUGCCGGAUGCAGCCUUGGGUGACUCUGACUGCGUGGAGUUGUGCGGCGCCGUAGAUCAGGCUCUCGACGCGAACAGCAGAAACCGUGGCCAGCUCCAACUCUUUGAGUUUAGCUUCACACAAUCAGUCUUCCUCAUGUCGCGCAUUGAGAGGAAUUCCUUGAAGCAGCAUUCCAAGACCCGAGUCUUCAUCUCCGAGGGCUGCGACUCGAGCAGCGAGGUGCAAGAGCAAGAGGUCCAGAGCCACGACACAUAUGUGGACAAGGAGAUGCUUAUUCUCAACGAGAGCUUCGCAGCUGGGCAAGCUUUCACCUUGGACUUCUUUGGAGGUCUCUUCGGGCGGAUCCACAGGUUUCCCGCUGCGAUUGAGUUCCUCCAUGCGAUUGUGAGCCCGGAAGAGGGGCAGCACAAGUCUCGGCUUUGGCAGACCAAGUGCCCGCUCACCUGGGUGGACCGGAGCUUCGGAGAGUUGGUGCAAGCACUGGUGACUGGCAAUGGGGGUGAGGCCUUUGGUCACUUCAAGGGCUGCUCGAUCCCAGUGGCACUCUAUCGAGAAAGCCGUGGGCGCCACUUGCCUGACAGCUGUGCGGGCUUCAACUUCACGGGACCGCCGAUGAACACGAAGCUUGAGGAGGAGGACUUCAUCACCAUUCUGGGCGAAAUGGCCUGUGAAAACUCUGGCGCUGCCAUCAAGGAAGCCUUCGGUGAGACGAGAGAGAACACGGUGGCUUGGCCAUCCAUCAUGUGGUCGUUCGCCAAGGAAGACAACUUCUUGGAGUCGACACGUGAGAACUUUGCCAGGACAUCACUGACACCAUCAGCCAUGAAUCCUUGGGUGCUAUGGUUAGCUUUCUACAUGCUCAAACGAGGAGAUGCCAGCGUUUCCCGCGGCACAGCGCAGUUCUUCGGAGAGAAGGCGUUGCUGGAGAAUGAGAAGCGAGGUGCCACAGUCCUCGUGAAGUCCAAGACAGCCAAGUGCUUGGUCUUGGAUCGCGAGUCCUUUGACUUUUUGCUUGGACCCUUGAGCGAUAUCAUCCAGGGCCAGCGCGAGAACAAGAGGGCUGUGCCAGGAGCUGAUGGUGGUGACAUUUGCCGCGGCAAGAUCAAACGACACGACUUGCAGCGUGUGGGCUUGCUGGGCUGUGGUGGCUUCGGCACGGUGGAACUCUGGGAGCACAAAGGCACUGGAGAGACCUAUGCCUUGAAGGGUCUCAGCAAGGGCUACAUUGUGAAGACGGGUAUGCAAGACAGUGUCAUGAAUGAGAAGAACAUCCUGAUGAUGACCAACUCCUCAUUCAUCACAAAACUGUGGGAAACCUACAAUGGCACUCAGACCCUGUACUUCCUCCUUGAACCUUGCUUGGGUGGAGAGCUGUAUGCCACCUACAACAGGAAGGGCUUUCAUGGCUCGGAAAAGCAUUGCAGGUACUACGCUGGCGGCGUGGUCUUUGCUUUCGAACACCUGCACGCGCGGCGGAUCAUCUACAGGGAUCUCAAGCCGGAGAACUUGCUUCUCACCGAAAUUGGCCACAUCAAGCUGACAGACAUGGGCUUGGCCAAGUUUGUGAUCGGCAAGACUUUUACCAGUUGUGGGACUCCGGAUUACUUCGCACCUGAGCUCAUUGCCUCCACGGGCCACACCAAUGCAGUGGAUUGGUGGACCCUAGGCAUCCUCAUCUUCGAGCUCAUGAAUGGGCAUCCUCCCUUCGAGAGUGCCUAUCCCAUGCAGAUCUACGCGAAGGUCACCAAGGGUAUUUCCAAGGUGCCUUUCCCUUCGCAGUGUGCUGGACCAUGCAAGAGCCUGAUCGAGGGCCUGCUUCAGCAAGAGCCGAGUCAACGUUUGCCCAUGAGGCCUGGAGGCAUUAAGAACCUCAUGAACCACAAGUGGUUCUCAGACCUGGACUGGGAGAGCAUGCGAAGUCUGGAGCUGCCAACUCCUUACAAACCGGUGGUGAAGAACAAGCGAGACCUCGCCAACUUCAGUGCGCGCAAAGAAGAUGCUCCAAGGCAAUUGGAGUACAUCGACCCUGGCACUGCCUGGGACAAGCACUUUGCGACCUCAAGUUGA